AUGCUGGCCCAUGGGAACAACCAGGCCCUUGUAACAGAAAACCUGGAAGCCUUUCUCGGGGCUAAUGACGCUGCGGAAUUUGCAAAAUGGCUAUUCGCUCACAUCGAGGAGCAUGGCGACAAGUACGCCGUGCCAGAGCCUGAGGCGGCGCUCGAAGAUGAUCCAGCAGCAGAUGAUGAAGCCGCUGGAGAUGGGGAAAGGGAGGAGGCUGGCGAGGGAAAUGAGCCGGCAGCAGGUGCGGCAUCUCCCGCAGACGAGAAACAGGAGCAUGGCAGAGAAGGGCGGCACGGCGCCAUUGAGUGGCGUGGCGAAUCAUCCCGGCACCAUCGCUCCGAGCGGCCGCGCGAAGACAAACGCGGCCGUGACGAGCCGUCCCGCCUUGAGCGCCGCUCCUCGCACCACCGCGACAGGGAGGCUGUGGAGGAAGGCAGGGAUGCGAAGCGGAGGCGGCGUGACAUGCGCGAGCUGCGGCCGCUGGAUGCCGGGCGCGAGGAUCGCGUGCGCGACCGCGACCGCGACCGGCCGCGCAACGACGAGCGCCCCAGCCGCGAGGAGCGAGACCGGGAACGCCACGAGUGGGAGAGGCAGCAGAGGAGGGAGGCGCAGAUGGCGCAGGUGGACAGAGAGCGAGAGUACCGCGACCACAGAGAGGAGAGGGACAGGGACAGAGACCGCGGACGGGACAGGCCGCGCGACAGGGAUAGGGAGCCUGACAGGAGGCCCAGGCAGCGCGCCUACAUGGACUCCUAUGAGCAUGAGCCUGUUGCACCAGCUGGGUCUCUGAGGGAGGCUCCUCCAACAGUCAAGUCACAAGUGGAGCCUGCGAGGAGGGAGCCAGAAGCUGAUGAUGAGGCCGAGGCAGCAAGGGGGAACGUCUUUGACAGACUGGGAAGGAGGAGGGCGGCUCUGUCGCCUGCAGCAGCGCGGAAGUCUGUCUUUGACCGGCUCAGAGGGAACAGGAUGCUGGCGCCAAAACAGGAGGUGGAUCCAGAGGCAGUGACUGAUGAUGAGUUGGAGGAAGGAGCGCCCAGUGGCCCUGUGACUCAGGGCAGGGCAAGGACAGCUCCGCAUCCGGCCGCCACAAUUGCGGCAAAGGCUCUCAACGGCAUCAAGAAGCCUGCACCGUCACAGGGCAAGGCGGACGACCUGGCGCAGAUGAAGCGCAAGAUGCUGGAGCUGCAGGAGCAGGUGCGGCUGCUGGAGGCCCAACAGCGCACCGGGGCUCUGGCCGGCACAAUGGCGGCCCCGGGCGCCAUCGGCGCGGUUGGCCCGGCCGCCGCGCCGCUCUCGCUGCCGCCUGUGGAUCCGCGCUCGGUGCAUGUGCAGGGCGUCUCGCCGCUGGCUGUGCCUGAGGUCAUAGCCGCGCACUUCAGCGGGUGCGGUAGGGUGAUCAAUGUCACCAUUGGCAGGGACAUGCAGGGCAUGUCGCGCGGCUUUGCGCAUGUGGAGUUCUCCAAUGAGCUGGAGGCACACAACGCACUGCUGCUUUCAGGCUCAAUCCUGCUGCAGCAGCCGAUCACAGUGACGCCAAAAAUGAACCGGCCGCCGCCGUCGCUCACGCCCCAUUACGGACGUGGCCGCGGCGGCUUUGGUCCGGCGGCGUUCCCUGGCGCCGGGCGGGGGGUCCCCUUCAGCCCCCGGGGAGGGGGGACCUUCCGGGGCCGCGGCCGCGCGCCGCAGCCGCUGACUAACCACAAGUAUGUCCGGCCUGAGCUGCGCGCCGAGUUGGAGAAGCAGAAAUCUGGGGCUGGCCUGGCAGUGGCUGCCAGCGCAGAUACGCCCACAGGCUGA